UCCCUCACUAUCUUUCUCUCUUCAGUGAGAGGACACGAGAGAAAGGGAGCUAGUCUUACAGAGGCAGCCCAACAGACACUGACAGUGAAACCAUAGAUGGUUUUCUCUAAUGCAUUUUUAACAGCUCAGCAGGGGAUGGGAACAGCUCGCUCCUUCUGUUGGAGAGGACAGACAGACUGGACCAGUCAACAAGGUACCGAGUGCAAACCUGAAGAGGCUCUACCUCCUCCCAUCCCGGAUCCGGCAUUACAUAACUGAUCCUGGGGUAGAAAAACGAGUUAAACCUAUUGGACUUUAAACCAGAAACGGACACCGGCCAGUGACCGUGUAAGCUCACCAGUAACGUCAAGGCUAAUUGGUCGAAGCCGCAGCGCUCCAUCGUCCCGAUGCCAGGAGCGACCCGCGCCACCAUGGAGGGAACGUGCCAGGCCCUUUGCCGGACCCUGGUAUCCCAGAAGGCCAUUCAGAGGGAGACGGCGGACAUCUCACAGUCGGUGCUCUACACCUCCCUCAUGGGGCUGCUGCUGGUAGCCGAUAAAGAGAAAGAGCAGCUGAACAUAGGAAACGGACAAGUUGGUCUGCGUAACGUGGGGAACACAUGCUUUCUCAACUCGGUGGUGCAGUGUCUGUCCCACACGCGAGGACUGAGGGACUACUGCCUGCUCAGGGCCUACGUCCAGGAGAAGCACUCCAGAGAGGAGCCAGAACUCAUGGAGGCCUUCUCCAAGGUCUUGGCAGGCCUGUGGGACAUCAACGGAGGGGACACCGUGGUGAAUCCCGGGAGAUUUUACACCCUCUUCAAAGACGCCGUGCCUUAUUUCAGCGGCUACAGUCAGCAGGAUGCCCAGGAGUUUCUGAGGUUCCUAUUGGACAGGCUGCACACUGAAAUAAACCGACGACCGUAUGUCCGCAGAAACGGCCUGGAGCCCGAACAAAAAUAUGCCAAAAUCAGGAUGGAAGAGGAGGCCUCUGCCAUGUGGAAGCGACACUUGGAGAGGGACGACAGCAGAAUUGUGGACCUGUUCGCUGGUCAACUACGCAGCUCCCUACACUGCUCUGUGUGUUCUCACUACUCCACCACGUUCGACGUCUUCUGUGACCUGUCGCUGCCCAUCCCCAAGAGGAGCACGGCCGGGGGGGUCUCCCUGAAGGAGUGCCUGGACCUCUUCUCCCAGGAGGAGAAGCUCGACAAAGAGAACGCCCCCAUGUGCGAGAGGUGUAAGAAGCGCACGGAGAGCACCAAGAGACUGUCCAUCCAGAGAUUCCCGCAGGUCAUCGUCAUCCAUCUGAAUCGCUUCGCCAUGUCGAGAUACUCCAUCUGUAAGAGCACAGUGUGUGUUUCCUUCCCGCUCACCAACCUGAACCUGGGACCCUACGGACCUGCUGACUGCGGUCCUAUUCUUUAUGACUUGUAUGCUAUGUGUAACCACUCGGGGACAGUGAACAUGGGCCAUUACACUGCUUCCUGUUUGGAAGACAACGGAUGGUGCUGCUACAAUGACUCCAGUGUCUACCCAGUGUCGGAGAACCAGCUGCAGUCCAACCAGGCCUAUGUACUCUUCUACCAGCGCAAAAACAGCACAGUCAGGAAUUCACUCAAAGAGUUGGAACUCUUUGGCUAUAAUGGCAUUGUGGGUCUUAGUCCAGAUAGAAGAAGAAAAUGGAGGAAGCAAGAGAAGAAACGCGUUGGACUCGGUUGGAAAGGGUUCAAGAAAAGGAUGAGAACAAACAAUUGUGAGAGUGCACUUACAGAGACUUGCAGACUGUUAUUGUCUUGGCAGACUUCAUAAAGCUAUAGAUUUUGUGUCCACACAGUCAUGGAAAAUCAUAACAACAUUAUUAAUCGAUGCAAAUAUUUGGAUUAAGUAGGCUUAUACAGCGAAGCAGGCAAAUAUACAUUGUAGAAAGAGAGUAGCUACACUUGAAGGCAUAUUUUUCUAAGAAAUUUGUUGUCCAAAGCCUCAGGAGUUUGAAUAAUUCACAGUUUCAAAUCUCGUAAUUAUUUGACACCUCUGUAUCUUUUCUUUGCUUUGAUUCUUUUCCCUCUGUGUGAGGUUGCGAAUUUGUACAAAUCCAUCAUAAGAUGGUUUUAAAAUAUGAUUUUAUACAAAGCAGUAUUCUUUAUUUUCUACUAACAGCUCCUGAUAAGAUUAUUAAAGGAAGAAAUGUACUUGCAGAUGAUGUGGCUUCUACUCAGUAGAAUGCAAUGCUUUCUUAAUGUUUGCUAUCAUGGUACUGGUUGGAAUAAAACUGUAAUCUGUUAAAUGUUGAAUAAAAAUAUA